CAAAAAUACUGAAAUUCCACGACAUAGUGAAUUUGCAAACAGCUAAAAUUAUACACAAAGCAAACUAUAACCUGCUACCCAAGAAUAUACAAUAUGGUAGCAUCAUGGUCUAGGGUUGCACGAAUGCUGUCGGCAGUUGUGGUACUAACAUCCCCACUACAAUCUCGAUAAAUCUGGUACAUGCUAAAUAUUUGCCUACUAUUGUCUUUAAAAAAAAAAAAAAAAGAUCAGCUCGGGACAAUGUGAACGUAUACUUUUUGCCCCGCAGCAGGCGCGCAUGCCUCAAUGGCAUCACAUGAGGGCAAUUAACUCGACAAGGCUGCGCUCUUUCAAAAAGAAAAAAACAAACAAAUGACUUAAGCGUGAUCGGUGACGACUGGAGUGUUCAUUUUGUGGAACAUUCUUGGACGAGAAGCAAGCAAAAAGACUUAGCACCGCCGACGUGGUCUUGUGAACUUUGACCUGCCAGAAAUGGAACACGCGGGGAAGAAAAGAGGCAUUGUGAUAAAAGAUGACUGGCCAGGAUACAGCCUGGACCUGUUCACCUACCCGGAGCACUACCACGACGACAUAGACAACGUUUACAUUCCACACGGCGUCGUCAUGGACAGGACCGAGCGGCUGGCCCGCUACAUCAGGGACGACUUUGCGGACGACAACAUCACGGUCCUGUGCGUCCUGAAGGGCGGCUACAAGUUCUGCGCCGACCUGAUGGAGUUCAUCAAGGUGCUCGGACGCAACUCCAACAAGUACCUGGAGACCCGAGUGGAGUUCAUACGCCUCAAAAGCUACCUGAAUGACCAAUCCACAGAGGACCUGCACAUCAUCGGCAGCCGAGAUCUAUCCUUUCUGCAUGGAAAGAGUGUGCUCAUUGUUGAGGCCAUUGUUGACACAGGCAAGACAAUGAAGGCCCUUCUGAAGCAUGUGGAGACCUUUGAACCCAAGAUGGUCAAGGUUGCGGGACUGCUGGUGAAGAGAGCUGCCAACAUGGAUGAGAACCUGACAGACUAUGUCGGAUUUGAAAUUCCGAACCGCUUUGUAGUCGGCUACGCUUUGGAUUACAACGAGUACUUCCGCGACCUGAAUCAUAUCUGCGUCAUCAGCAAGACGGGGAAGCAGAAGUACAAGGUUUGAUUGACUGGCAAAAACUGUACGGGUAACUUCAAUAAACGCAAAAACCCGGUACCAAUGGCCUGGUGGUUGGGGACCACUGUUCUAGCACAUACGCUGCAAUGGCUCUAUCAAUGUUGUCCUGGCUAGCAGUCCCUCCAUUAAAAUCCUUAGGUGG